GAGUUAUCUCGUAAAGGUGGAGGUGGAGCUCCAGCUCCAGCCUCGAAGCUCGUGUGGCUAUGGCUGCCACCGCUUGCAGUAGAUUGACGUACUUUGCUAGUCCGCACGAGGCUACGCAGCUCAUCAGGCCGUGCCGCUGCACGCUACUCAGAUUCAAGCUGCGGCAUUCGAAGGGCUUUGGUUUGCCAGAAAGAAAGGAGGCGAGGAGCAUACAAUCGCUGCGUGCGAGCGUAGCGGACGGGCCAUCCACUUCCACUUCCACUUCCACAUUGGUGACACAGGAUAUAAUCUUUUCUUGGAAGGGCCAAGCUUCCGAGGUGCUGCUCACCGGCGACUUCCUCGAGUGGCAAAAGCAAGUCCCUCUUGAGAAGAGCCCGGAUGGUACAUUUCAGAUCAAGCAAAAGCUAGCUCCGGGAUCAUACAAGUACAAGUUCAUCGUGGAUGGCCAGUGGAUGCACUCGCCGGACUCUCCGACGGCAUCCGAUGGUACCGGUGGCUUCAACAACGAGCUCAUCGUAGCGGAGUCUGCCGCAGGUUUGAUACAAGUUCUUCCAUGUCUCGUGCUAGUUCAUCCGUUUUUAUUCGUGUGCUCGCAAAACACAGGCAAGGAAGCUCCUCCUCCUCCUCCGGCAAAGGAAAAGCCGGAAAAGCCCGCAACAAAGCCAAAGCCAAAGAAGCCCGCAGCCAAGACUUAUCCAGCUCUCAUGGUAGAAGACGUCGCUCCGCGUCUCCAAGCAAAACUGGCGAAGGAAGAGAACCUUGCUGACGUAGAAGUUUGCUUCGAGAACGACCAGUUAAGGGGCUCUUUCUCGAAGCUCGGCGUUCCAUACACAUUCUGGGCCUACUUCCCAGACGCGAGCUUGGAAGGUGCUAGAGGAUUUUCGGUGUCUGCCUAUGGAUCACCUCCCAGCACCGUGGAGCCAUUCUUGAUCGACGAGAAGAAACUCACGGCGGAUUUGAUCGUGUAUUGGGUGCACAAGCGCCUUUUUGCGCAAAACCUCUUGGAGUUAAACUAGCAAAUUAAAAUUUUAUGUGUAACACUAUAAUGGUUAAAGUUAAUUAACCACGUUACUAAAA